UUCUCCGGGACUUCCCUCCCCCAGCCCCUCGGCCACGUCAGCUGGGAGCCCGGAGCCGGGGAGUGGGGGGGGGGCUGAGGUGGCAGAUCCGCCCCCCGAGUGCCAGCUCUCCCUCUUUUGCUCCGGCCACGAUGGUUCUGCUGACUAUGAUAAGUCGCGUCCAAGACGGACUUCUCUUAGCAGCGUCCAUGCAAGAAACAGAGCAGUCAAAUCGGAACUUCCAAGAAUAUCACAACCAAGCAAAACAACUUUUCCGGAAGCUCGGGGAACAUUCUCCAACACGCUGCUCCCUGGAAGCCGGACCGAUGACUUUCCAUUACUUGAUCAGCCAAGGUAUUUGCUACCUGACUCUGUGUGAAGCAGCACAGUCCAAGAAGCUGGCGUUCUCCUACCUGGAGGAGCUGCAAGCUGAAUUUUGGGAGCUGUAUGGGAAGAAGGUGCCUUUUGUGUCGAGGCCUUAUGCCUUCAUUGAAUUUGACACUUAUAUCCAGAAGCUGAAGAAGUCGUACCUGGACAGCUGGUCAAAACGCCACCUGAGCAGCAUCAACACGGAGCUGCAAGACGUUCAGAAGAUCAUGGUCACCAACAUUGAAGAAGUCCUCCAGCGCGGGGAGGCCUUGUCAGCUCUGGAUUCCAAGGCCAGCAACCUGUCAACUCUCUCCAAGAAAUACCGCCAUGAUGCCAAGCUCCUCAACAGCCGAUCCGCAUACGCCAAAGCUGCCGCCACCAGCCUGGUGUUUGUGGUGAUAAUGCUCUACAUACGCUUCUGGUGGCUGGUGUGACUGCUCCCGUCUUCUCCUCUCCCUUCUUCUCUGUCAUCUCUUCAGGCCUGCCUUCUAGAGGGUGCGUGAAGAAAAGUUGGGGUUGCCUUUCUCCGUCCUGUCUUAUUCAAGACUGAACCAGAACCUGCUGUGGCAGAAACAGGAUCUUGGGCCUUUCCUCUUGUCAUGAAGAGAUUUAUUAUUGUUAAAAAAUGGAUAUGGCACCUUUCAUUAGUUGGUGACCAGAACUGGAAUGACAAUUAGAAAAUUCAGUACUGUAGCUAUUUAUCAAUGUUAAGAAUGUGAUUUUGCUUUUAACGUGUAAAAAAAAGUGUCUUAUGCUUUCCUUUGCCAGCAGUAAAAUGGAGAGUGGAAAGUGUAGAAUAGGGGAGAAGGGAGGUGUGUUCCCUGAUAAAUAGCAAAAUCAAUCUUCAGGUUAUAGGGACAUGUGCUUUUGUUUUCUAGAAUGAUAGCAAAAAUUCAACUGGUAACACUCCUAUUGUUGUAGCUCCAAGUCUGAACAAGCGACAUCUGUUGAAUUUCUGUCUUCCUCAGAGCCAUCACAGGCACUGAGCCUGUCAAAAAGAAUACUUGAAGGCCCAAGUUUCCACUUGGAGACUCUGCAGUUAUAACAGGGCUUCACGUUGAUCAAGCUAUGUAAGGUGGGCCCAUCAGGGUCUUUUGAUAAAUCUAUAUUUGUUGCCUGCUUGGAACUGCAAGAAACAUGGAGUUACCAUGUCGCAAUAGAUCACUAGGUACCUAUGUUCGGCUGUGGAGCUACAGUUACAGUUUCUCCCCAACACACAGUUGCACCUGUUGAAUGUCUGCCUGCCGUGGAGGUGUUUUACAUGCCUUUCAUCCCUGCCUAACCAAAGGCCAUGGGUACGGGCUGAAGAGAAGCCUGGGCC